AUGAAUGAAAAAUUACAGAGAUGGCUAAAUUAUUGUAUAGAAUUGUAUUUGAAAAACGAAGAAUAGCAGAUUGUUUUUCCAAGCAUUUUAAUAUUGAUUUUAAGAUUUCAAUAAGCAUUUUAAAUAUUGAGUUAUAUAUAUGGCUAGAAUGCACACUCUUAUUUAACUUUGAUAAUGAUGUUUGCUAGGCCAUAAAUUUAUUUGCCAGGUACUGAUAUAGCAUAGUAUGUAAUUUUAAUUAUUUGCCUUCUUUACCUUCUUAAUAUUGCAUCACUAAUUUCUGGCUUAAAAUACAUAAAAAUAUAUGGAUAACUCUUAAGAUGUGGUUUGUUGAAUUUUUUCUUUGAAUAUUCAACAGGAACAAUUCAAACAUUUACACAUUCAUUAUUAUUACUAAUUUCCAUUACUGAAACUUUUAUACUAUAGGGUACUUUAAAUGCAUAAACUAUAAACUUUCAACAUACAAGAUUUACAAUUUUGGAUCUAAUUAUCUAAACUUUAAACUAUACUAUUAUGAUUUUUUAUUCUUAUGAAUUAUCAAAUUAAUCAAUUAUUUUUUUAGCUUUUUCUAUUAAUUUACUCAGAGCUAUCAAUCAACUAUAUUUUUCACCUUUAAAGAAUUUAAUUACAAAAUGUAUGCUUUUAACAAUAUAUAUUUAUAAUAUAUACUAAGGAUUUCUAUGGAUGUUUUCUCUUUAAAAAAAUUUCAUUUCAGAACUUGUAUUAAUACCUCUAAUUUAUAAUGUAAUAUACAUUACUUACUUGAAGAUAUUUAAAUUAAGUAUUUUAUUAAAAAAAAAUAAGACUUGUGAUAUGAUUUCUAUACUGGUUUUUUUAGAUAAUAUUAAAGACUUGAAAGAUUUUAAAAUAGAAAAACCUAAUAAUCCAAAAGAUAAAAUUAUAUUUUGUUCUUUGUUAAUGUUAUAAGGUUAAAAUUAUGAAGCUUUUCGUGAAUUAAUAGCUAUUCAUGAUUAAGAUCUUAAUAUUUUAGAAAGAUUUAAAAAAAAAGUUAUUAAGAAAUAAUGUAUAAAUAAAAUAGACAUAAACAUACAAAUAUAAUCAGAUAUGCAACAUAGAUUAACAUUAACUGUUGCUGCUUUAAUAACAAGUGAAUAAUAAAAUUCUAUAAUUUAUGACUAAAUAAUUUUAAUUCUUAAAGAAAAAAUUAGAAUUUUGUAAUUAUUAGCAUAAAAUUAAUCAUACAAUCAUUAUUCAUAAUAUUUCAAUUUCACAAAAUAACUUUUAGAUCUUAAAAGAAGAUUAGAACAAUAGUAUAAAAAUUAUGCAUGUGCCAAAACUUAAUGUAUUUUGGGUUUUUUUUAUGUUUUGGUAUUAAAUGACUAUUUGGCAGCAAAUUCACUUUUUAGUGUAAUGUCAAUAUCAGAAGAAAAAAUUAAAAGAAUCAAUAUGAAUCAAGAUGUUUUUUCAAACAAAAUGAUAUUCAUAAUAACUACCUUUAAAGAAAAUUUAAUCAUAAAAAAAUUAUCCAGUGAUGCUCCUAAAUUUUUUGAUAAAUCUAUUGAAUUCUUAUAAGGUAAAAGUGCAAAUAUACUUAUACCACCUGGAAUAUCAGAAUAUCAUGAUCAGUUUAUCCUUGAGUUUUUAUAAACUGGAUAAGCUAAAUAUAUGAGAGUGAUAAAUUCUAACUAUUAUUAUUGUUCCGAAUAGAAUUAUAUGACGAAUAUUGAAUUUGCAUUUGAUGUUAAUUUAUAAAACGAUUUUAGUUUUAUAUCUUUUAUUUAACCUAUUAUAAAUCAGCCUAUGUCUUUAAUUAUAAAUAAUGACCAUAUCAUAACAUGUAUUAGUGAAGGACUUAUAGAAUAUUUAGAAUUUAAAUUUUAAAUUUCUAAACAUCUUGGUAAUAAAAUAUAACAAAUUUUACCAGAGUUUUAAAUACCAAAUUAGAAUUAUUAGGUUAUUGAAAAUGCAGAAGCAAUUUUUUUAAAAUUUGAAGAGAAUACCUUUAUAUCAUAAUAAAUGUAAGAAUCUUAUAUAACAACUUACAGUAUUUAUUAUAAGAAAUUAAAAGAUCAUGUAAUUUAUUAUAUAAUAACAUUUGAAUAUUUUAAAAAGAAUUUAGGAUAAACUUCAAUGGUUAAUUCUAGAAUGAGUCCUAUAAAUUCAUUUAGAAAAGAGGAAGUCAUAUAAUCAUCCUUCAAUCUGAUUAAUUAGGAAAGUUUUGUUAAAAUCCCAUAUAAUGAGUACAAUAGCCAAUAAAAAAUUUAAAAUUAAUUGAAUGGUCUAAAUAUAUUUAAAAUUUAAGUCGAAGAAGGUUCUGAAAUUCCUAUUAUUAAUAAUGAAUUAAAAUUAAUAUCAUAAUCAGAAAAUCUAAAUUUAAUUAGUCCAAAUAGCAAAGUAGAAAUGUUAGUAUCUGAACAAGGGAGAACUUCAAAAUAAAAAUUUAAAAAAUAAAAUGUUAGAAUUUCUAUAGCUGAAGAAUAAUAAUCAAGUUAAGAAAGAAUUGUAGCUUAUUAGGAUGAUCGUUCAUCAUAAGUUUCAAGUUUAUUAGGAGUUAGAAAAUCUAAAUUUUAUAGAAAAUAUGAAAUUGUUUAAAAAGUUACUAAUUUAGAAAGUUUUUCAAAGAAUCACCAAAUCUUAAUUUGCCUUUUAGUAUUUUGUAUUCUAAUUUAAAUUGCAGUAUAAAGUUUAGUAAUUAUUAUGUAUAAAAUUAGUAAUUAGUUGAAAUAAAUAUUAAUCUCUCAAAUUUAGUAUCAGAUAUUGAUUUGCUUUAAAUUAAAUAUUUUGUGUUUUAACCUCUUGAAACGUUUUUAUUGACUAGAUACACAAUUGUAAGCUAUAGUUAAUAAAGAGAUUCAAAAGCAAUACCAAUAACAUAAUUUAAUGAAUUAGUAAAAUUUCCAAGAUCAAAUUUGGUUCUAGGUUAUGAUUCUUUAGAUUAAAAUCUUAAAUAAGUGAUGAAUCGCCCUGAAUUAUAGGACUUUUUAGAAAAUACUUAUUUAGAUAUUUAUAUUUAUAUUAAGUCUGCAGUUGGAGAAAAAUAUAACAUGUCACUUAGAAAUAGUAUCAGUAUUUUAAAGAAUUAUUAAUACAUAUCUAAAAUGGCAUAUGUAAUUGAUGGAGUGGCUUAAGCAGAUAGUCCCUAUUCAUAUUAUCAAUAUAAAAAUUAUCUACCUUUGAAGACUUUAUUUUCUGAACUAAAUCAAAUUGUAUAGGAAUAAACUAUUUAGAGAUCACAAAAUUUAUAAAGACAAAUAUUAAUUAAUUUAUUAAUUUGCAACACUUUGUUAAUCUUGUUCUAAAUCUAAAUUUUUAUAUUUUAUAUUAGAAUCACUAAAAGAUUAAAUAGACAUUUUUAGUUAUUGUACAACAUUUCUGGUUAAUAUAUAGAUUAAGAAUUAAUAAGAAUGAAAAAUCUUGUAGAAAAAUUAUUUAAAGAUUAAAACAUACUUUUUAAAUAUCAAUUUAAUUUGAGUGACAAUGAAAAAAUAUUAGAAUAAUAUAAUGAAAAAAUAUAAGCAGUUAGAAGAAAUAAUCAAAAGAUAAAUUUGAUCAAUUGCAAUGAAAUCUAUUAUUAUUUCUUCAUGUUUUUAAUCAUGCUAAUUAUGGCUGGAAAUUCUUUACUCACAUUUUUAGAAGGAUUUGACUAUUUAGAUAAAUAUCCUGAAACUGCUAAAUUUUAUAGAGCAGUUUCUGAUGUCGGAACAGAUAUUCCAACUAUGUAUGCAUAAAGGGAUAUAUUAUAUGGAAGAACUAAUAUAAAAUUAUACACAGAGGAAGAUUGUUAAGAUUUGUUGAAUGAAAUUAAAAAUGCUUUGAAUAGAACUUCUUCAUUUAUUGAUAGAAGUGCUUAAUUUGAUAAGUAUUGCUAUAAUAAUUUUAAGAUAUUUAGUUUCUUCUACAUUUGAACAUUAUUAUUAGUCUUUAUAAAUUAACGAUUUGUGUAAUUUUAUUCCAGAAAAUUUGAAACAAAAAUCUAUAACGCUUUGUCCUUUUGUCAUGAACUAAAACAUGAAGAUGGGUCUUAAAGCUGUUUUAGUUUAUAUAAUUAAUUUCAUAACUACUGAGAUGGAAAUUAAUGCAUUUAAAAAUAGAACCACUCAAAAUAAUCUUGAAUUAGAAGGAGCCUUUUUAGUUUCUAAUAUUAUUGGAUCUAUUAAUAUGUAUUUUAAUUAAGAUUUAAUUGAAUAAACAUAAAAAAUCAUUGCCAAAAUUAAUGUAUAAAUAUAUAUUACUACUUUUAGCUACAUAAUAUUUUUAUUUUAUCUGUUCUUUGUUUAAUUAUUAUUUUUAUACUAACUAUAUUUAAAUAAAAGCUAAUUUCAAAAUCCUAUAUUGUUUAAAGAUUUGUGUACUUAUUACCAGUUUACCAUUUAUUUUUAGACAGUGUUUUUGAAAGAACCUUAAGGCAAUUAGUAUAAUACAAUUGA